CUCCGUCAGUGUCCUGGGUAAAGCCUACCCAGUAUGCACUUCGAUGUCUUACACUUUAACUUAUCGUAAGUGUUGGUAAAGUAGACAUUAGGGGUAAUCGGUUUGCCGACUGAAAAUCAAGCGCUAUAGCAAAAUUUCAAAGCCGUUAAUUUUGAAAUAGUCUUUGAUGACGUAGGCUACAUUAUGGAGUAUGACACGGAUUUGACAAAGUAUAUACGGGGUGCGAUUAAAAGAAAACUGCAGGAACUUGGUCCUUGUGUUGAAGAAGAGCUUACUGAUUACAUCAUGGUUCUGGUGGCCAACAAGAAGAAUUCCCACCAGAUGGCAGAAGACCUUUCCCUGUUCCUUGGCCGCAACUCUGUCAAAUUCACUCUUUGGCUACAUGGAGUCUUAGAAAAACUUGAUUCAAUGGCUAUUGAGCCAGGUUUGUUGAGGCCCCAUUACCUCCAGGCAAUGUCCAGUGUUUCCAUUGGCCAGGCUGACGGGGGAGGGGAAGAGCUGCAGGCCUCCACCCUAUCCAGCAUGCACUCACACAGUAUGGAUGCCCCGCUCUCCAUCAGCAACACUUUUACGCAUUACAGGAAUUGCUUCACAGAGAAGAGCGUGCUGCAUGUGUCACGUACUGUUCAGCCACCGAUUGGGCGUCUGUACAGCGAUGCCGGGUUUCGUGUUGAGCCAGAGCUGGGCAAGGCCCCUGAAGCUGCUUUUACCAGCAGACCUGGCCUGGAAAUGGGAGUCACAGUCCCCUGUGGUUUGGGCUGGCCCUCACAGGGCACUGGGCACCAGCUGAGCCCCUCCCAGGUUCCGGACGGUACGCAUGGCCACAGGUCCUCUGAACCGCCCCGGGGCAUAGAUCAACCGCAGUACGUCUACAGGAGGCCGGAGGAUAGCUGCCCUGCAGGGGACCCAGUCACUAGAGCAAGCAAGGACAGGGAUAACAGAGAGGAAGUGAUGUCCUGGAGGUGGGAGCACCAAAUGGUGAGCUCCAUAGAGCAUCCGAGGAGCGACACAGGUCAGAGCAGAUCUUCAGCAUUCCACCGUCUGCUAGGCAGGUGGGAUGAGAGGGAGUCUCAGAGUAGCGUCAGUCCCAAGUUCAUUGUGACGCUAGAUGGAGCACCCACUCCUUUGAAGAAACUGGAGGAUGAUGGGAAGGAAGAUGAGAGUCAGAGCAGAUCUUCAGCUUUCCACCCUCUGCUAGGCCGGCCCAAGGAGGAAGCGAAGGAGGAGCUAGUGUCUGAGGUGGGAGGACCCAGCGACGCCCACUGCUUCAUGCAAAGGAAGCCACUGGUAGGAGGCUCAAUCAGAAGAAAAUUAGCCACUACGGUGGGGGAGGAAGCCCUGGUCUCCACCCCACACGUGGCCCAGGGCAGGUGGGAUGAGUCUCAGAGUGGCGUCAGUCCCAAGUUCAUUGUGACGCUAGAUGGAGCACCCAAUCCUUUGAAGAAACUGGAGGAUGAUGGGAAGGAAGAUGAGAGUGAGUUGUACUACUCUGAUGAGGAGAACGGAUCGAUGGGAGCCAAACGUCAGAAGGUUCCAGAGCGCUGCAGGUUCUGGCCUGUGUGCGAGAGCGGGGACAAGUGCCUGUACCACCACCCCAUAACUCAUUGCAAAACCUUCCCUCACUGCAGUUUUGGGGACAAGUGCCUCUUCAUUCACCCCGACUGUAAGUACAAUGCUCAGUGUAUGAGGGCGGAUUGCCCCUACACACACAGCAGUAAGAGAAGUCUCCCCCCUUUAUCCAGGCCGGAAGCAAAGUUGCCUCCUGAUUUGUGUCACUUCUUCCCAGAGUGUGAGAAGAUGGACUGCCAGUUUUAUCACCCAAAACCUUGCCGAUUUAGGACCAGAUGUAAACGGGCGGACUGUUACUUUUACCAUCCGCCUGUGCCGUCAGGACACGCCCAAGCAGGGCAGAUUCCUAAGCAGGUAUGUGCUCAGUAAAUCCCCAGUGAAGUGUACUAGCACAAAUGGUGCACGAGUCACUUGAUUUGUACUGUAUGACUGUAGCGCGUUCAUCGUUUUCUCAUAUAAAUGCACUGCAGUGUAUACCAUACUGUACUCACUCCUUUCUUACGUACAGGUGUCCUAAGAUUUGCGUACCAGUUUUUGCAUUGACAUAAGCUAUUUAUGUGUGAGGAUGCUUUGUAUGUGCUUGCUAAUUACAGCUUUCUUUCUCCCUUUUAGUUAAAUGGCUGAACUGCGCAAAAAUAAUGUGGUUACAUUUUUUUUUCUUUUGGACUGGAAUAAAUAUUUAUUUUAUAAAUGUUUUUUAACGCUUUUUUUGAUUUUUCCCUACCUGUUUGGAAUGCCCAGUCAUGUUCAGGCUGCACGAUUGGGCGUUCCAAAUGUGCCUUUCUUUAAAGCACAUGCUGUCAGCCGCCAAUUCUUGUCACACCACAUUUCCCAAGUCAGGCUCGCACAGACAUCAAAUCAGAGGAAGACACUGCAUCUGCAGCUCAACAGAAAUAAUUGUGAGAACCAGACUGACCAGCAGGGGUUGCUUAUGCUCGACAAGGCUGUCAUCCUGGCUGACUGAAACCCUCCCAUCCCUGGGCUACAGACAGCUGUGCACCGCCCUACGGGCUGGCACCUGUACAGUCCAUAUUUAAUACCAGAGCAUGGGUCCCCAUCCAUGCAGUGACUACAGCAAUGUCUAAACUCAAUGAGCCACCCACCAGCACCUCUUUUAUAGACAUUUGCAUAUUCAUAUCCGUAAUACAAAUUGUAUGAAGUGUUUUAUAUUUUGAGUAAAUCAGCUUUAUGGACUGUAAUGAAGAAUAAAGACUAAAAAUCUAA